GCUUCUCUUAUCUUCUCCACUUCUCCCCUCUUCCGCUCAGUCCCUCCCAUAGCUGUUCUAUUUUACUGCCAAAAGAAAAAAGAAAAAAAUAGAAUAAAAUAAAAUUGAUGCACAAAAUCAAGAAGAAGAAGCAGUAGAUUUGGAGUUCCAAUCCACCCAAUACUCGAUGAAACGAGGUCGUGAUCGUGGAAAGAGGGAGGAGGCGGGGUCCGCCAUCAAGACGUGGGCGGAAGAGAAGCAGGCGGGCGCCGGAAUGGAUGAGCUAUUCGCCGUGUUGGGCUACAAAGUGAAAUCAUCUGAAAUGGCGGAAGUCGCGGAGAAGAUGGAGCAGUUGGAGAUGGCAAUGGGGUCGGCCUUUCUCUCCGACGAUACGGUUCACUACAACCCCUCCGAUCUCUCCGGUUGGGUGGACAGCAUGCUCACCAUCUCCAACCAGCACGGAUCUUCCUCGUCCACUCCCACCACCACCGCCAAGUUCAUCCGCGACGACGAUCUCCGAGCUAUUCCUGGCGGUGCCAUUUUCAGCAACAGCGUCUCCACUAAACGACUCAAAUUUCAUGAAAAUGGUGAGGCGGCGGAGGAGGAGGAGGCGGCGCGGCCGGUGGUGCUGCAGGAAGCGGGAGUGAGGCUCGUCCACGGCUUGAUGGCGUGCGCGGAGGCCGUGCAGCAGGACAACCUAAAAUUGGCCGAUGCACUGGUCAAACAUGUCGGAAUUUUAGCCGUCUCGCAGGUCGGCGCCAUGAGGAGGGUGGCCACCUACUUCGCGGAGGCGCUGGCCCGAAAGAUUUACAAGAUUUUCCCGCCGGAUUCCUCCUACUCGGAUAUGUUGCAGAUGCAUUUCUACGAAACGGGCCCGUAUCUCAAAUUCGCGCAUUUCACGGCGAAUCAGGCCAUUCUGGAAGCGUUCAAUGGAGCUGCGAGGGUUCAUGUAAUCGAUUUCGGGUUGAAACAGGGGAUGCAGUGGCCCGCUUUGAUGCAGGCUUUGGCCCUGCGGCCAGGCGGGCCGCCGGCGAUUAGGCUGACGGGUAUCGGGCCCCCGCAGCCCGAUAACACAGACGCUCUGCAGCAGGUGGGUUGGAAGCUAGCUCAGCUGGCGGAGACAAUUGGGGUGGAAUUCGAGUUUCGAGGCUUCGUGACGAAUUCCCUGGCUGAUCUGGACGCAGAUAUGGUAGUCGGGGCGGGGCAGGUGGAUGCGGUGGCGGUGAAUUCGGUGUACGAGCUCCACCGGCUGUUGGGGCGGCCCGGUGCAAUCCAGAAAGUCCUGAGUUUGAUAAAAGCGGUGAGGCCGAAAAUCGUGACGGUGGUGGAGCAGGAAGGGAAUCACAAUGGGAAUGUUUUUGUGGACAGGUUUAACGAGGCGCUGCACUACUACUCCACCAUGUUCGACUCGCUCGAGACGGCCGGGUUGACUCAGCCGGACAGCCACGACUCGCUCAUGACGGAGGUCUACUUGGGGCGCCAGAUAUGCAACGUGGUGGCCUGCGAAGGGGCGGAGCGAGUGGAGCGCCACGAGACGCUGCCGCAGUGGCGGGCAAGGUUCAACUCGGUGGGCUUCCGCCCCGUCCACCUCGGCUCCAAUGCCUUCAAGCAGGCCAGCAUGCUGCUAGCUCUCUUCGCCGGCGGGGAUGGAUAUAGGGUGGAGGAGAAUGAGGGUUGCUUGAUGCUGGGUUGGCACACUCGCCCGCUCAUCGCCACCUCCGCCUGGCGCCUCUGACUCAAAUUUUAAUUAGUUUUUUUUCCUCUCAAAUACUCGUACUUCAUUUCAUGUUUACUUUUUACCUCUGGGUUACUUGUAAUUUACCUCAUCAGAUCUUCCUUUUUUCCUCUCCUGUGUAAAAGAGUGGUCAAUGACUCAAUAACCAGUGUGUAACAUAUUUUACUUGAUUUGCAAUUAAGAGAUGAAUUAGUUUUGGGUUCGAUAA